AUGCUGAUGGACCGCAGCAAGGAAGCCUUAAAAUGCAUAGAGACAUCCCCUCGGGAAGCCAUCCAGCCGUACACCCGGCUGCGAAGUAUCGCCGAAUCGCUGAAGGAGGCUCAACCUGCAGCCGAAGGCGCAGCGCCUCACCUGGUGGAGCAUGUCGGUAGACUCUCGUCAGUCCUGAGAGAACAUCUAAAGGGUAACUUCACCAAACGACUGCAAGCGAUUCUGGAACAGAUGAAAUGGCCUUCCAAAGAAUUACACUUUCCGAGCGACUUGCAGACCCAGUGGGCCGAGAAUGUCGGACUGCUCCUCGACCUGCAAAUACCGGAACUCAAGAGCCGCGAGUCUGCAGGCCAACAUCCAGUCGACCUGCCGAUCUUGUUCCCGCUGGAAGUCAUGGUGCAUCCUUUGGAGCUCCGAUUCAGAUACCACUUUAGCGGAGAUAAGCCGACGAAUAGGCUAGACAAGCCGGAGUACUUCCUAUCGCAUGUCAUGGAUUUGAUUAACAACUUCAGUGGCUUUUUUGCUUCUUUCCUACAGCCAAUCUUUGACGACAAGGCGAAAGUUGUUGGGUCCGACCUGGAAUGGAACUUUUACAACGCUUCUCAUGCCUACAUUACGGCACUGUUCCCGGUUUUGAGACAGAAGAUCACCACGUUCUUGCCUCAGAUCUCGAACCACCCGCAACUUCUCAGCCAUUUCAUGCACGAGCUGAUGGGCUUCGACAACGAUAUCCGCGAGUCAUGGAAUUACUUGCCAGACCCAUAUAUGGAGGACAACUGGAAGGGUAUGACAUGGGAGGUCCUCAGCAAAGGGGGGUGGUUCGAUCGCUGGCUGCAGGUGGAGAAAGAUUUUGCGUUGGCUCGCUACAAGGAAAUCGUCGAGGCUCCGGACAGCGGCCAUAUCGACUAUGACGGCGUCGAACCCACGGCGACCAAGCCGACCAAGGCAGCCAUCCGGGUUAACGACCUCCUGGAGACAAUCACCGAGCGUUACCAGCCCCUGUCGUCAUUUAGUCAAAAGCUACGUUUCCUCAUCGAUAUUCAGAUCACCAUUUUUGAUCAAUUCCAUGAGCGACUGCAUUCGGCGCUGGAAGCCUAUCUGGCAAUGACAUCGACGAUCGGUCGCACGGUUCAGGGUGCAGAUGGAGCCAGCGUCGAAGGCGUUGCAGGAUUGGAGAGGCUUUGCAGGGUUUUUGGGAGUGCCGAAUACCUGGAGAAGAAGAUGGAAGAUUGGAGCAACGAAGUGUUCUUCGUCGAGCUGUGGUCGGAACUCCAGGAGCGAGUCCGAAAGAACACAGAUGGUGGCAAGAAUGUCGCUGGAACCAUGUCUGUUGCUGAUGUUGCAUCGCGCACUUCCCAGGCGGUUGGGAACGGGUACGAUGGUCCAGGUUCGACUGAGGGAGCGUUAUUCGAUGAAACAGCGUCCGCGUACCGUCGGCUACGACUCCGGUCCGAGUCGAUCAUAACCUCAACACUCAAUUCAAAUGCACGGUCGGCGCUCAAGACGUAUUCUCGUGUUUCGACUUGGGCUACUGUUGCUCCCACGUCGUCCGCUCCGCUACCUCCAACUUCUGACCUGGCUCCUGUCAUGCGUACCCUGUCGACGGAAAUCUCUUUCCUUUCUCGCACUCUCGGCGUUGCUCCUCUGCGGCGUAUUGUCCGCCAGGUGCUUCUUUCCAUCCAGACUCAUAUCUGGAGCAACGUCCUCAUGAGGAAUACAUUCUCCGCGGCGGGCGCUGCCCAACUCAUCAGCGAUAUGGAACACCUCUGCGGUGUUGUUGAUGCUGCACUCGGAUCUGCAGCACAAGCGGGUGGAUCCAUGAAGGUGCUCCGGAAAUUGAGUGAAGGUCUCCUGCUUCUGGGUCUGAAGACAAGUGCGCCGAAAGACGGAUCUUCCGAGGAAGACGACAACUCCCCUGACGAAAAAGUCAUCGGACUUGGGUUGUGGGAUGUAGAGAAAAGGCUUUUCAAGGACAAUGAAAGCGCCCGAGUCGUUCUCGCUGAUCUUGGGGUCGAGACGCUCACGGAAGCCGAGGCAAGGAGCGUAUUGGAGAGGAGAGCUGAGGUCGGCAACUAG